CGGUGAAUUUGAGGGAGUACAUCACAUGCUAGUCUAACCAAGGUCAAUAAGGCUCCUCCAUAACCCAACCUUGAUUUAUGUGCUGGGGAUUGAGCAUUUGACUCCUGAGAGGGCGCCUCACCGUGGAGCAGCAAGAACCCGCCCGUCCGCCGCCCUGUUUGGUGCACCUACCAUUUCCGACGCGCCUCCCAGCAUCCUAUACUCUCAUUGUAGUCUCAGGUGCUUCCAGUCCCUGUAAUGUACUUAGCUUUUUACCCUUUCUCUUGAUUCUAUAUUUAUUGUGUUGUACAAGUCAAAGUUUUCAUGGCAAAUCUUCCUUUUAGAAGAUUAGUCUUCUAUCUCCAUAAACGAUUUUACAAUGCUCCCUCAUCUUCCAAAACCCUUAAAAGUUCGUCAAUUAAGGAUAAUAGAAUGACUGAAACUAGAAAUAAUAGACAAAUUAAUACUAUUAAUUGUUCUAAUUCAACCUCAAAUCAAUCUUUUUGUGUUGAAUACCUUACUAAUUCAUGUGGGCUUUCUUUACAUUCAGCUAUUUCGAUAUCUAAAAAGGUUAAGUUGGAAGACAAGAACAAACCACACUUUGAUUCUGUUGUUUCAUUUUUCAAAUCCCAUAACUUUUCUGAUGCCCAUAUUGUUCAACUAAUUGAAAAGCACCCUGCUGUUCUUCAUUGUAAAAUUGGAACUAAUGUUGAGCCGAAGAUUCAAUUUCUUCUUGAAAGUGGAUUCCAGGGUUUGCUUCUUCCAGAAUUUGUUGUUUCUGCCCCUGAUAUUUUUGGUAGGAGUUUAAAUAAUCAAUUGAGGCCAAUGAUGACAUUACUUAAGAAAAUAAUAAGUUGCCCUGAAAAGAUACUAUUGGCUGUUAGGCGCGGGAAACGGAUUGUAAGUGCCGAUAACGAACAAGUGCAACAAAACUUGGAUUACUUGAUUGAACAAGGGGUAUCCAAGCAAAGAGUUGAGGCGCUGCUUGUUUGGCAGCCUGGUUGCACGUCUCUAGAUACUUCCAGAGUGAAGUAUGGAGUUGAAAAGCUGAAAACAAUGGGUAUUUUGCCAUCUAAUCCAAUGUAUGUACAUACCCUUCGCGUGAUCUUGUAUAUGACCAAGUUUUCUUGGGAGAGGAAAUUGAAGGUUUUUGAGAGUUUAGGGUGGUCUUAUGAUGAUUUUAUAUCAACUUUUAAAAGGAAUCCAUUUUGUUUGUGUUGUUCUGAGGAGAAACUUAAACAAUCUAUGGAUUAUUUUGUGAACACCGUGAAGCUUGAUAGGAAAAUUAUUAUUGCGGAUCCUCGGUUGCUUGCAUUUUCACUUAAGAAAAGGAUAGUUCCUAGGUACAUUAUAUGGAAGAUUUUGGAAGAGAGGAAUCUGAAUCCUCCAAAGCUCAUUUGGAUGUUUACUAUACAGGAAAAGGUCUUUCUUGAGCGAUGUGUUGCUAGGUAUUUAGAUACGAAUCCUGAUCUUUUGCGAAUCUAUCAGACCAGCAAGGAGAAGCCCAUCACCUACCAGUCUUGUUAGAAAAUGAAUAGAUUGCUCCUAAUGGCAGUAUUGCAAGGGUGCUUGUAGCAUCUUUGACAAUUGUUACUUUUGUGAUCCUCCUGCUCCUGGUUGAUGUUUUUCAUGGGCCGCGUGGGGCUACGAGCUUGGUUAGUGAAUGUUAAUUUCAGGCAUAGAAUGUUCUACGCCUUGGAUGAAAAGGGGGGAAAGGGUCGCGGGAAGGCAGUCCAUGAUUUUUGUUUCAUUUGUUGAGUUCUAUUUUGAACUCGUUGGUUAUGAUAGCCUUUAUCGUCUAUUUGUAGGGUAUAUUGGCAGUUGGACGUACACACAUGACUCGAACCGACUUUAAUAUGAGAUUUGCAUAAAUCAAACAAUGUACAUGUUAAUUAAGCCCACAAAACCCUGAAAAUUUCCCUACCCUGAACGCCAUGCCUGCGAAACCGAUGAAAAUCAAAAUGAACAUCUUUAGUUGGAGUAGCCAGGUAAUAGCUUAUUGAUUGAGGUUCAUUAUGUAGCUGUGAUUGAAUGUGGUUGGACAAUUUUCGGCUUUACGCCCAUUUUUAGUUUGGUUAAUUGGAUAAAAGCAAACAUGAGAUUUAUCGUACAUAAACGUUAUUUUUCUAAAGAAUUGUUGAAUACUAUCCUUGUUUGUAUAAAGCCAUUUACGGUCAA